AUGGCAAAAUUAAGAGAAUUAAUCCUUAGUGUUCGUAGUGCUAAAACAGCUGCAGAAGAAAGAGAAAUUAUUACUAAAGAGUGUGCAGUUAUUCGAUCAUCAAUGUCAUCAAAUAAUUUAACAAUAAGACAUAGAAAUGUUGCUAAGUUAAUUUACAUUCAGUUAUUAGGAUAUCCAACACAAUAUGGACAAAUGGAAUGUUUAGCAUUAAUUUCUUCACACCAUUAUUCAGAUAAAAGAAUUGGAUAUUUAGCAUUAAUGUUAUUAUUAGAUGAAACUCAAGAAGUAUUAACAUUGGUUACAAACCAUUUGCAUAAUGAUUUAUUAUCACAAAACCAAUUUAUUGUUGGACUUUCAUUAACUACAAUAUCAAAUAUUGGUAGUGAAGGUAUUGCUCAAGAUGUUGCAUCAGAAGUAGAAAAAUUAAUGUCAUCACCAAUUAAUUAUAUUAAAAAGAAAGCAGCAGCAGCUGCACUUCGUAUUAUUCGAAAAUGUCCUAGUUAUUCAGAUAUUUAUGUUCAAAAAACUAAAGCCCUUAUAGUAGAAAGACAACUUUCAUUACAAUUAUCAGGGGUAACACUUGCAAUUGAAUUAUGUAAAUAUUUACCUAAUGCAAUUGGAGAAUUUAGAAAAUUAAUUCCUAAUUUAUUAAAUAACUUAAAAUUACUUGUUCAUUCAUCAUUUAUUCCUGAUUAUGAUGUUAGUGGAAUUACACAUCCAUUCCUUCAAACAAAAUUAAUUCAAUUAUUAGGUAUUCUUGGACAUGAUGAUAAAGCUAAUUCAUCAUUAAUGUAUUCAGUUCUUAACUUUGUUAUUGCAAAUACUUCUAAUAGUAGAAAUGUAGGAAAUGCUAUUUUAUUUGAAACAGUUAAAACAAUUUUAAGUAUUGAAGCAGAUGAAACAUUACUUCAUAAUGCAGUUGAUGUUCUUAUUAAAUUACUUAAUGGAAAAGAUUCUAAUUUUAAAUAUGUUGCAUUAGAACAUCUUCAAUAUCUUCUUGAAUUUGCAGGUACUUCUAUUCAAAAACAUAAAAGUAUUAUUGUUGAAUGUUUAAAAGAUAGAGAUCAUGCUAUUCGUAAAAGAGCAUUAGACUUAGUAUAUUCAUUAGUUAAUGAAUCAAAUGUUGUUGGAUUAGUAAAAGAACUUCUUUCAUUCCUUCAAUUGUCAGAUAUUCAAUUCAAACAAGAUGUUGUAAUUAAAAUAUGUUGGUUAACUGAUAAAUUUGGACCAGAUAUAAAAUGGAAAUUUGAUUCAAUGUUAGAAACAAUUACUCUUGCUGGUGAUAUUGUUCCAGAAGAAGUUACAUGGAAUUUUAUAUUAUUAAUUCAACAAAAUAUUGAAUUACAAGGAUAUGCUGUUCAUAAAUUAUUUGAAGCAUUAAAAAAAGAUGUUAGUAAAUUAGCUUUAAAUAAAGUUGCUAUUUGGGCUAUUGGAGAAUAUGGAGAUUUAUUAGCUAUUCAAGAAGGACAAUUUGCUGGUGUACAACCAAGCACAAUGCUUGAUUUAAUUAUUUCAAUUGAUGGAACUGGUUUUUCUGAUUCUACAAUUAAAGGAGAAAUUCUUAUUGCUUUAACUAAAUUAUCUGCUCGUAUUCCUUCUCAAUUUAAUCAACGAAUUCAAGAAUUUAUUAAUAUUUAUAAAACAAAUAUUGACGUUGAAUUACAACAACGUGCAAUUGAAUUUAGUCAAUUCUUUUCAUAUGAUGAUUUAAGAUUAGACGCUGUUAACAGAAUGCCAAUCCCUGAAAAUCUUCAUCAAGAAACACAUUCAAAUCAAAUGUCUCAAACUACUAUACCAACUCAAUCUCUUCCAACUGUCUCAACUGAAUCUUUGAAAGAAACAACUCUUGUUUCUCAACCUCAACCUAAUCAAUCAUUCAAAAAAGAAGAACCUAAAAAAGAUGAUUUAUUGGAUAUUCUUGGUAUUUCUUCUACCCCUAUUAAAUCAACUCCUUCUUCAUCAUCACAACAAUCUACUAACUUAUUAGAUUUACUCACUGGACCAUUACCUAUUAAUCCUACUCCUAAUCCUACUAUGAAUACUAUUAUUAAUCCUACUACCACUCCUGCAACUCAGCCAUCAACUAAUUUAAAUAAUUUACUUCAACCAACUUCAUCUACUCUCCAAACUCCACAAAAUGAUAUUCCAUUACAACAACCAGUGAAUAAUACAAAUAAUCUUAUUAUUCAAGCAUUAAAUAAUAAUGGAGUAAUUGUUCAAUUCAAUAUCAAACCUGAAGAACCUAAAUAUCUUGUUCAUGCCACCUUUACUAAUACUUCUAAUUCUCAAUUAACAAACUUUUCUAUGAAAGUUGCAGUACCUAAAUGGAUUGAGCUACAACUUAUGAGUCCUACUAGUAAUGCUCUUCAACCAUUAUCCACUGAUCAAGUUACUCAAGAUUUAAUUCUCACAAGAAUGGUUACUGAUAAGCCAGUAGUUGUGAAAAUUAAAGUUCUUUUCAUGAGAGAUGGUGUUCAAGCAGAAGAAAAUGCUAAUGUCUACAUUUGCAAUUAA